GGGCGGGCCCGGGCCCGGCGCGGCGAUGGCGGCGGCUCCGCGGUGGCGGGAGCGGCUCUUCGCCCUCUAUUUCCUCUCGCACAUCCCGAUCACGGCGCUCAUCGACCUCCAGCCGCUGCUGCCCGCCGGGAUCGCGCCGCGGGCCCUGACAGACCUGUUGCAGCAGUAUGCAACUGCCUUCAGGGACCCCAUGAUGCUGCAGCCCCCAGAGUGGUUCAAGGCGUUCAUCUACUGCGAAGCCUUUCUCCAGCUGCCCUUCUUCCCCAUCGCUGCCUACGCCUUCCUGAAAGGUGGCUGCAGAUGGAUCAGGACUCCUGCCAUUAUCUACUCCACCCACGUGGCCACCACUCUGUUUGCCAUCCUGGCCCACAUCCUGUUCCACGACUUCUCCAAGUCGGAGCACGCGGGCCCGCAGACGCUGCGCGAGCGCCUGGUGCUGCUCUCCAUCUACCUGCCGUACCUGCUGAUCCCACUGCUGCUGCUGUUCACCAUGCUCUGCAACCCCCACUACAAACACGUGGAGAAGAGGAAACGGAAGUAGCCUGCUCUGGAAGUCCAACACACCACACCUGUGCUGCAUUUGCUUCCUCUGGGACAAACGUCUCCCUCCUGUCGGCUGCAGCGGCUCUUCCCAGAGCACCGGCUGCUGCAAGGAAAAAUGGAAUUGGUUGGAGCGCACAGCCCUGCUUCGACCACACACAGCUCUGGCAGGGGCCUGGGCCAGCCUGGGGCCAGGUCUGUGCAAGGCCCCUCUCCCAGGAAAAUGGUCUUUUAUCCCUUUGAUGUUUAACUCUGUGAGGGACACGCACACAGACACACACACAUUCAGUCACACUCUGCAGCUCAUACUGUUCUCCAAGGUCCCUUUUCCCAAGAUGACUGUUUGGAAACCACUCAAGUAGAAAAUCUGUCUUCCAACCACAUAUUCUGAAGAAUCCCCAACUCAUUACACACAGAUUUGCAAAGCUGUUCUUUUGCAGCAUUUCAAAUCAUAUCAUGAUUCUUCCUCGCCCCUUCCUUUAAAAUUUCCACUGCCUUUGCUCUGCUUCAUUUUGAUUAAUUAUAAAUGUCUGAUCAAUGAUAAAUGUGCCAAAAUCUGGAUUCACGAAUGCUGAAGGAUUCGUGGAAGUACUUCAGGAAUUGUAACCAAGGAGUUGGAAAUUUCUUUCUUCCCUAAAAUUACUUCUGGUAUGGAAAUAAAUAACUAAACGCA